GGCGGGCCGGGGCGGGGCGUCUGGCCAGCUGAGCUAUUCCGGCUGACCGCGCCAGUUUGAAUGAAAGCUCCGCAAGAUGGCAGCGGCCGGAGCCGAGGCCGAGAGAGCCUGGUGUGUGCCUUGCCUAGUUUCCCUUGAUACUCUUCAGGAAUUAUGUAGAAAAGAAAAGCUCACAUGUAAAUCGAUUGGAAUCACCAAAAGGAAUCUAAACAAUUAUGAGGUGGAGUACUUGUGUGACUACAAGGUAGUAAAGGGUGUGGAAUAUUAUCUUGUAAAAUGGAAAGGAUGGCCAGAGUCUACAAAUACUUGGGAGCCCUUGAGAAACCUCAAGUGUCCACAGCUGCUGCAGCAGUUCUCCAGUGACAAGAGUAGUUACUUAUCUCGGGUAAAGAAAGGCAAGGCAGUCACUCCAAAAAACAGUAGCAAGCCCUUGCCACCUGCUGUCGCUGAGUACAUUGUAAAUAAAGCCAAGCAAAGAAUAGCUCUGCGGAGAUGGCAAGAUUACCUCAACAGAAGAAAGAACCACAAAGCCAUGAUAUUUGUUGAAAAUACCGUUGACUUGGAGGGCCCGCCUUCAGACUUCUACUAUAUUAAUGAAUACAGGCCAGCUCCAGGAAUCAUUUUAAACAAUGAAGCUACCUUUGGAUGUUCAUGUACAAACUGCUUCUUUGAAAAGUGUUGUCCUGUUGAAGCUGGAGUUGUUUUGGCUUAUAAUAAAAAGCAACAAAUUAAAAUCAAACCUGGGACUCCCAUCUACGAAUGCAACUCAAGGUGCCUAUGUGGACCUGAUUGUCCCAAUAGGAUUGUACAAAAAGGCACACAAUAUUCACUGUACAUCUUUAGAACUAGCAAUGGUUGUGGCUGGGGUGUAAAAACCCUUGUGAAGAUUAAAAAAAUGAGUUUUGUCAUGGAAUAUGUUGGAGAGGUAAUCACAAGUGAAGAGGAUGAAAAGCGUGGACAGUUAUAUGACAACCAAGGAAUCACAUACCUUUUUGAUCUGGACUAUGAAUCUGAUGAAUUCACAGUGGAUGCAGCUCGAUACGGAAAUGUGUCUCAUUUUGUGAAUCACAGUUGUGACCCCAAUCUUCAGGUGUUUAGCGUUUUCAUCGAUAAUCUUGAUACUCGGCUUCCUAGGAUAGCACUGUUUUCCACGAGAACCAUAAAAGCUGGAGAAGAGCUGACUUUUGAUUAUCAAAUGAAAGGUUCUGGAGAAUUAUCUUCAGAUUCUGUUGACCACAGCCCUGCCAAGAAAAGGGUCAGAACUGAAUGUAAAUGUGGGGCUGAGACUUGCAGAGGUUACCUCAACUGAAACUUCAGGAAAUGGAGAUCAUGAAUGUGUUUUGUUUUGUUCUAAGAACUGAAAAAGUAUUUGGGAUGCCUUUCUAUUAUCAAGAUUUUAUGUAUAUUAAUGUACAACUUGUGUCUCAAGGUAUUUACAAAGUACAUUACUGUUGCUUCUAAAAAGGACUGCAGGACCACAUAAACAGAAUAUAUUUGGUGGUUACAUACUAAAUAUGGAAAGUGAACUAUUUACAAAUCACCAUAUACUUAGUUAAGAAAUCUGAAUAGACAAGUGUCCCCUUUAGUGUUUGAAAAGAGUGAGAGAGUGGAUGUUAUGAAACCUUUUACCAUGACUCAGAUAAUUCAGUUUAGGCAAAUGCACAAAUUUUAUUUUGUUUUACUAUAUUGUUCCUGCUUAAUACUCACUGAUCUUGUAUUUGAGACAAAGAAGCAACACUGAAUUUUUUUACUAUAUUUUCUACUUUUACAUUAAAAUAUUGGCAUCUUAAUGAUAUAUUUCAGGUAUAAAA